AUGAAGUUUGGUAAAUAUUUGGCGUCUCGCCAAUUGGAGCUCCCGGAGUAUUCGGGCCAUUUCAUCGACUAUAAGGCUCUCAAGAAGCUCAUAAAGCAGCUUGGAAUGCCUGGUUCCUCUUUAGAAUUCGGUGCAAUUCCCGGGACACCCAACCAGGCACAGAUCCAACAAAGACUCAAGGAAAAUAAGGCAUCUUUUUUCUUCAAGGUGGAGCGUGAAUUGGACAAAGUCAACUCAUUCUAUUUGGAGAAACAGGCCAAUUUGGCAGUCAAUUUGGACCUUUUGCGCAUGAAGAAAAACGAGCUUUUGGCAAACAGUGCUUUCUCUGCUUCUGAGUCACUGGACUAUUCUCUGGUCAAAUUCAAAAAUUCCAUUCUUUACCUUAACUUGUACCAUAGCUUCAAGAAGCUCCAUCAGGACCUACUUCGCUUGCAGCAAUUUAUCGAAUUGAACGAGGCAGGCUUCCUGAAAGUAGUCAAGAAAUGGGAUAAACGCUCGAAAUCCCACACUAAGGAAUUGUUCAUACAGACUGCUGUAAGUGUUCAGCCCGUGUUCCAUCGUAAUGAAAUUAAUGAAUUGAGUGACAUGGUGACCCUGUCGCUUUUUGACUUGGAGUCUAUUAUGGAUGGAGACUAUUCAGCUUUAAAAAAUGUCAAUGUUGCUGAUCUAAAACUUGAGGGUCCUAGUUCUACGGGGCCUGAGCCAAUGGACACCAGCAGUGUAGAGAAUUCUGGUGCGCGCGAUAACUUCAAAGUUCUUCACCGAAACUCCUACACUGGAGGCCAGACAAAUGAGAUCGAUGAGCUCUAUUCUAGUUUUGUCAAUGUGGCCACUUCCAAGGUUCUUGAUUUGGCCAUGCUCCAAAGCUGGAUCGAAAAGGUGCAAUCUUCCCGUAGAUCUGCGGAGUCAACUCGCCAAACGCUUUCUGAAAUUUUCUUGCUUUCUGUCAGCAAUUUGAAGAUCUCAGACACCUUUUUAGAGGCUUUCUUGAAGCAAGUUAACUACGAUAUCGACUUCGAAUUGACCACUGAUGUUUACAACAACAAACCCAUCAUCCAUGAAUGUUGCUCCAUUCCUCCAGCUUCAACUCCAGAGAAUCAACAAAAUUUUACAAUCAACAAUGGUGUCAAGGUGUUCAACUCAGAUGACAGCAUCAAUCACCUGCGUUUGUUUAUCGUCAACUAUAUCAAAGAAAAAUUUCCCUCAAAAGCGUGGGAAGAUCUUCUAGUGCGCCCUGAUUUUAAUGGCAGGACUUGUCUUCACUAUGCCGCACAAAACAAUCGUUUGGACAUCCUUGAAGUCUUGCUUCCAUCAUUUCCAAAAAAUCAUAUCGAUGACUUAGACAAAUAUUCCAUGUCGGCACUUCUUUUGGCUAUCAAUCACGGGCAUUUUAAUGUCAUCACAUUACUCUUUAGCAGUGGAAGCAAAUUAUGUCCACAAGUGAAUGACUCCAGAUUGCAAUAUCUUCCCAUCAAUUAUGCAUGUAAAUUCGGUGACUACAAAACAGUCGAGUAUUUAUUACUAAGCGGCAAUGCUACCCCUUCUAUGGUGAAUCAACAGGAUGUUGAAGGGCUUUUGCCUCUCCAUGUUCUUGCGAGGUCUGGUAAUUACAAGCUCAUAAAGCUACUUGUGCAAUACGGCGCUGAUGUGAAUCAGUUAGACGGUCUUCAUAAAUGGCCUCCAAUUUUUUACGCUGCACUGGAAGGUCACGCAAACACAACACACGAGCUCAUCAAGUAUGGAGCUCGUUUGGAUAUUGUCGACGAAGACGGGUACAAUGUCUUAUAUUAUAGCGUUAUUGAAGGUCAUAUCAAGGCUUUGAAUCAUCUCUUGUCUUACAAAACGGAGUUCCCCUUGACUGAUAACAACAGUGCUGUGGCAUCCCAGAGCCUGCCAACCUCAGGCUUCAGUCAUCAAGAUGCUCCAACCAUAUUGGAUGAGGACGAGGACCUGGAGGACAGUGGCGAAGCUGAAAAGAAUGUUGAUGCAAUCCCUCACUUGCAACUUCCACCUCCAAUUCUUCCACUCAGAAGAUAUGGUCACAGUUUCUUAGAACAGAAGGUUUUGAUUGAACUUCUUUUCUCGACUGAAGGAAGUUGCAUCAAUAUUUUCAACUCAAACACGGAAUUGAGGCCCGGAAGAAUUACUAUCACUUCCAAUAUUUCUGACAUUGUUCCUCGUAAUAUCCUCCUUCCAAGUUCUGAAGGUGAGAAGGGAUCAAUGAACUGUAUGUUCCAAACUGAGAUCGACUCCCUCAAUGAGUUCAGAAUUGAUUUUGAAAUAUUUCCAAAAUUUGGAACCCGUCUUAUUGCCAAAACUACUGCUCUAGACUUUUCGCAAAUCGAUACAUCCUCACCUGAAGUGAAGAGUAUCAGAUUACCUCUCUUCGACAUUAGACUCAGAAACAUUGGAGAGUUGAAAUUCAAUUACCAGAUCAUUUUUCCAUUCUCUGGUACCCUCUUGGAGACCACAAAAUACGAUACCUACUGGAAAUCGUCCACCAGCUUCGUCAAAAAUAAAGCUGCUGUAAAAUUUAAUGCCGCCGGCGGUUUAUCUCCAAACAACUUUUUGUCUCCUAACAGCAUCAAUUUGAACAAAUCAAAGUCAACAUUGGCUCACAAUGCAAACGGCAAUCUCACUUCGCCAAGUGACUCCAACAACCUCUUGACUUCUUCGUUUGUGACAGCGACUUCCUUGUCAGGAGAGUAUCUUCGUAUAAAAGUUUGCCUCCUCAAUGAUGGUACACCAGUCGUAUGCCCUCAUUGGGCUAUUGCAGUGGCGGAAAAUAUCGAACUUUAUUUGCCCAAUUUAUCUCUCCAACAAUUGACCUCUAUGACAACAAAUUUGUUUGAUUAUUCAAAAGUUAUGGCUGAUUUGGCCCAAAUGACGUCCAAAGAUCUUAAUUUUGUAAAGAAACUUUUGAAGAUCAUUUACCUACCAUUGAAUACGCUUUUGGAUCUUUUGGAUUCGAGCAUCAAUCUCAGCAUUGAGCUUGUUUUCCCCUCGUUGUUCGAGAUGGAGCAUUUGCCUUUUGCGGGAAACAUUCAACUGAACCUCAAUAGUUUCAUUGAUUUGACAUUGAAUAACGUUUUUAACCAUAUCAGAGCGAUGAAGAAACGCAAAAUUUCUCAGGGUCGUUCGAUUAUUUUCCUCUCUUCAAACUCGAAUGUGUGCAAGAUCCUUAACUGGAAGCAGCCGAACUUUCCUGUCUUUUUAAUUAUGAACGGUAUCGUUUACAACAACAAAAAGUCUGCUUUCGAGGCAAGGACUGCAAACGGUCUACUUAUGGAAGACUUGGCUUCCAUGGGCAAGCCCAGUGAUACGACUCUCCAGAUCAAAUCACACUACAUUGACAAGAAACAUAAGCUCCUGGCAAAUGACCAAGAACUUACAAUUCGCUCUAUAAAAGAAGCCACCAAUUUUACCAUUGAUAAUAAUCUCAUCGGUAUAAUUGCCUCAAUCCAUUUGCUCAAUUUGGUACCUAAAUUGAUACCAUUGAUUCGAUCAAGAGGGUUGAUUUUAGUAGCUUCGAAUGACUACUUUGAUACGAGAGAUGGCGAUGACUUCUCCUACAAGGAGUUGGAUACUUACACGAAAACGGAGAUCAAUGGGUUGAGGUUCGAUGACAUACUCAGCUUCAAAGACUCGAGCAGUGUGGUUUGA